AUGAACCCUGGAUACGCCGGCCGCAGCGAGCUGCCAGACAACCUUAAGGCCCUGUUCCGCAGCGUGGCCAUGAUGGUGCCUGACUACGCCCUCAUCGCUGAGAUCAUGCUGUACAGCUCUGGCUACCUCAAGGCCCGGGACCUGGCCCGGAAGCUGGUCGCCACCUACAGGCUGUGCAGCGAGCAGCUUUCAAGUCAGAGCCACUAUGAUUACGGGAUGAGGGCUGUAAUCAGUGUGCUGCGUGCUGCCGCCGCCAACAAGCAGCGCAGCCCAGAGGUGCCCGAGGAGGUGCUCAUGCUGCGCUCCAUCAGCGACGUCAACGCCCCCAAGUUCCUGGCGCCAGACAUACCCCUCUUCCAGGGCAUACUGGGGGACCUCUUCCCAGACCGGCCGCGGCCCCUCCGAGCCCCCGAGCCCUUCCUGCUCAAGGCCAAGCAGCUGUACGAGAUGAUCCUGGUGCGCCAUGGCCUCAUGGUGGUGGGCCUCAGCUUUGGUGCCAAGACCUGCCUCUACAAAGUGCUGGCGGCGGCGCUGGGUGACCUGGAGGGACAGGGGCUCAUGGGGGAGCACAGGGUGCAGGUGCGCUGCCUGAACCCCAAGGCCGUCACCCUGGGGCAGCUGUACGGUCAAUUUGACCCGGUCAGCCACGAGUGGACAGACGGCGUGCUGGCCAAGGCGUUCAGGGACGCGGCGGUGGACACGCGGCCCGACCGCCAGUGGCUGCUUUUUGACGGCCCCGUGGAUGCGGUAUGGAUAGAGAACAUGAACACGGUGCUGGAUGAUAACAAGAAACUGUGCCUCAACAGCGGCGAGAUCAUCCAGAUGAGCGCCCAGAUGAACCUGAUCUUUGAGGUUGCUGACCUGGCGGUGGCGUCACCGGCGACGGUCAGCCGCUGCGGCAUGGUGUACGUGGAGCCGUCACAGCUCGGCUGGCGGCCGAUCCUUGCCAGCUGGCUGGCGCCGCCGGCCGCUGCAACUCCGGUCGCUGACACCAAGCCCGCCGCCGGCGCCGGCGCCGACAAGGCAGCUGCUGCCGCCGCGGCAGGCGACAAGGCGGAGCGGGCGGCGGCGCCGCCCACGGGGGCCGGUGGCUGCCUGCCGGCGAGCGCGGGCGAGGCGGGGCGGGCGCGGGUGAGGGCGCUGGCGGAGUGGCUCGUGGACCCCUGCAUCGCCUUCCUGCGGCGCAACUGCAGCGAGCUGGUGCCCACCAGCGACAUUGGCCUGGUGGCUUCGCUGCUGCAGCUCCUGCACGCCCAGCUGGACGCCUUCAGGGCCCUGGACGCGCCGCCGGCGCCGGCCGCAAAGGGUGCCAAGAAGCGGCAGCCGCUGGCGCGCCCGCUGGCGGCGCUGAACGGCGCCUUUGUGUUUGCCCUCCUCUGGUCCAUCGGCGGCGCCUGCGACGGCCCAGGCCGGUCAAAAUUUGACCGCUUCGUGCGCGCCCUGAUCGCGCGCCGCGUCGACGCGCGGCCGGACAGAGAGAUCGACCCGUCCAAGGGAGGGUUUGAUCUGGGGCCCGGGGUCGAGGUCAGGUACCCGCCGGGUGACGCUGGCGCGGGUGACGCCGGUGAUGCUGCCACGGGUGACGCCGCGAUCUUGAUCCAGAUCCCUGAGGGCUGCAGCCUGUUUGACCUGGCGUUUGACCCGGUGUCGGCGAUGUGGCGCCCGUGGCUCGCGCCCGGACGCGGCGGGGCGGACGGCGCGGAGGAGGGCGAGGCGGCGGGCGGCGGCGGCGGCGAGUGUGAGGACGAUGCGUUGGCGGCAGUGGCGGCGGCCAUGGGGCCGGCGCCGGUGCCGCAUGAGUCGACGCCUUUCAAUGAGAUCGUGGUGCCCACCGUAGACAGUGCGCGCUACGGCUUCCUGCUCCGGCUCCUGGCGGGGCACGGCAAGAACGUGCUCUUUGUUGGGCCCACUGGCACUGGCAAGACUGUCUACAUCCGCCAGGGCCUGGACGCGCUGGCUGCCCAGGGGGGCUACCACAUGAUCUCGACGGCCUUCAGCGCCCAGACCAGCGCCAACCAGACCCAGGAUGUGAUCGAUGGACGGCUGGACAAGCGGCGGCGCGGGGUGUACGGGCCGCCGUGGGGCAGCAGGGCCGUGGUCUUUGUGGACGACCUCAACAUGCCCUCCCUCGAGGUGUACGGCGCCCAGCCGCCCCUGGAGCUGCUGCGUCAGCUGGUGGAUCACGAGGGCUGGUGGGUUGUUUAG